CACCCCGUACCGGAAGUAAGCAAGUUCAAAUACCUAGGCUCGGUUUUGUCCGCGGACGCAAAUGUGGACAUGGAUGUAUCACAUAGGGUAAAUGUAGCUUGGCUGAGAUGGAGGUCGCUCUCGGGGGUGCUCUGUGACCGCCGUGUGCCGAUAAAGACUAAAGGCAAGGUCUACAAAACAGCUGUGAGACCUGCUAUGGUGUAUGGUGCUGAAUGCUGGACGACCAAACAAGCGCACAAACAAAAACUCCAUGUCAAUGAGAUGAAGAUGCUGAGGUGGGCGGCCGGUGUGACGAGACUCGAUAAAGUACGUAACGAACACAUCAGAGGAAGCUACAAGGUCGCCCCCAUCACCGACAAGAUUCAAGAAUCUCGCUUGAGAUGGUACGGGCAUAUCAUGAGACGCGACGAAGACCAUGUCGUGAGGAAAGCCCUUGCAUUACCGAAUAAUAAGAGAGGCAGAGGCCGCCCGCCUGCUACGUGGUGGUCCACCAUAUCAAUGGAUUUGAAACAGACCCAGUUGAACAAAGAGACAACCCAGGAUCGCCCGACCUGGCGCUUGAGAACGAGGAGGGCCGACCCCAAAUAAUGGGAAGAGGCACGGAAAGAAGAAGACUGUACAAGUUUAGUGUUCAACGAGGUAAGCGAGGAAAUGUGGUAAUUAGGCAGUUACGGAGUUGGCAGUGAGACCCGCUGUUUCAAACUGACUGUAAUUUCAGUUCGAACCAUAAGUAAUA